AUGGAGGAUACGGUGGCUACGGACGACACGACGAAUAUGGAGGAUACGGUGGAUACGGAUGAAACUACCGCGGUGACGGAGGGGGAUACGGCGGGCAUGGCGUCCAAGGAAGGAACGGCGGCCACGGUGGUUACGGUGGUCACAAAGGACACGGUGGCUACGCUCUGCUGCAUGCUCUUGACGGUUGUCCUUGCCGUGGCCCACGCUGGUUACGGACAUGGUGGUUACGGUGGUCACGGAGGCUACAGUCACGCCGUGACCCACCACUACGACAACCAGAGGGCGCAUUAUGGUCAUGGAGGAUACGGCGGCUACGGUGGACACGGUGGAUACGGAGGAUAUGGCGGCUACGGUGGUUACGGUGGUGGCUACGGUGGUGGUUACGGUGGUUAUGGUGGGCAUGGGGGAUACGGCGGCUACGGCGGCUAUGGCGGCUACGGCGGCUACGGCGGCUACGGCGGCUACGGCGGUGGCUUCGGCUACGGUGGCCUCGGCUACGGAGGUCUCGGCUACAAAGGCUACGGAGGCUACGGAGGCUACGGUGUCGGUCUCUCCUACCACUUCGACAACCAGAGGGCGGCACCGUACUUUGGUUACGGCGGAUACGGUGGAUACGGCGGGUACGGUGGCUUCGGCUUCGGGAAAGGAUUCUACGGCUAA